AUGUGCGGCAUCAUCUGCUCGCUUCACGUAGGAUGUUCAAGUUGUGGCGACAUCGAUAACAUCCGUGGCGGACCGGACGAGGCUUUUCGCGAAUUGUCCGAGCGAUUAAAAGUCGCCAAUGCCGCUCGUGGUCCUGAUGCACAAGGAUCCCAUCACGUCCGAAUUCAAGGGACAUGCCCUGGUGAGGCACAGGCCACAAAUGAGAACGAGACAUGCACACUCGACCUCGAGUUCUUUGCUUCUGAGCUCCGACUUCGAGGCGACGCACCCAUAGUACAGCCCCAUGAACAGGAUGGGGAUGUCUUUUGCUGGAAUGGCGAAGUAUUCGAAGGCUUGGCUGUCAAUGCAGAUGAAAACGAUGGUGUAAAGCUCUUCCAAAGCAUACACUCCCUGUCCGCGAUGGAUGAUCUCCCUUUCCUGUUGGGGAAGAUCGAGGGGCCAUAUGCAUUCGUCUAUUACCAUGCCGCAUCUCGAAAAUUAUACUUUGCUCGAGACCCCCUUGGACGCCGAUCUCUGCUCAUUCACAAGCCUUCUGUCUCUAAUCCCUAUUUCUUACUUGCAUCUGUCUCUAUCGGAGAUGAUCAGGGAUGUAUCAUGGAAGAACUAUCCACUGAGGGGAUCUUCUGCCUUGAUUUAGGAAAACUGCGCGAAUCCAACGGGGUCGCGCAAAAUUUCGACAGCAGCUUGACAUGCAUUUCACGGCAUACGGGUCAGGAAACUCUGCCAUUUGCAAAGCUUAGUCGCGUGAACACUGCGCUUCCUCCAGAUGCACCACCGCUUGUUCUCUCGUUGGACCCCGCAAUACUACCGUACGAUCUGGCCAUCGCCGUUGAUCACCUUAUCGACCACCUUGACAGAAGCGUGAUGCUUCGCGUUGAAAACAUACCGCGAAAACCGUCGUCCGAAAAGGGGAAAGCGCAGGUCGCAGUCCUCUUCAGUGGCGGUAUCGAUUCAACGGUGCUAGCCUUCCUUGCACAUAGGUACCUUGAUGCUAUCCUCCAUUUUGGCGUUUCUUAUUAUUUCGUGUUCUCUAGACACGUACCCUUAGAUGAACCCAUAGACCUCCUUAAUGUGGCUUUCGAAAAUCCGCGGAAAAUACAGGUUCAAACCGAUGGUAACAUAGGGGCUAUUCCCAAGCGCGAGAAGAAGCGACAGCUCAAAGCAGCAGAGACCAAUGGAAUCGUGAAGGAAUCCACCUCGUACAUGGUUCCAGACCGUGUGACAGGCUUGCAGGAGGUUGAAGAGUUGAGGCGGAUAUGUCACGGCCGGACAUGGAAUUUUGUCGAGGUGGAUGUUCCAUACGAGGAGUUUCAAGCUGCGCGAGCACCUGUCGAAGCCAUCAUGUUCCCUGGAAGAACUGUAAUGGAUCUUAGCCUUGCUAUGGCGCUGUAUUUUGCCUCCAAAGGGGCUGGCCGGGUACGAUUUUCGUCGGCGUCUAAUGAUUAUCAGCCAUACACCAGCACAGCACGAGUCCUCCUCAAUGGUCUCGGGUCCGAUGAGCUACUUGGCGGAUACGGCCGUCACCGUACUGCGUACGCGACUCGAGGCUGGCAGGGCGUCAUCGACGAGCUCCAACUCGAACUCGAUCGUAUACCAACUCGCAAUCUCGGACGAGACGACCGCGUCAUUUCCUCUCACGGCAAGGAAACGCGGCACCCUUUCCUUUCGCUCACGGUUGUCUCUUUCCUCGCGGGACUCCCUGUGCACAUCAAGCUUGAUCCACGGCUUGAGCUGGGGCUCGGCGAUAAAAUGUUGCUGCGGCUUGCUGCGCGAAAGGUGGGGCUUCUUGAGGCGAGCGUGAGGAAGAAAAAAGCGAUGCAGUUUGGAAGCCAUUCUGCUCGAAUGGAGGCUGGUGAGGCAGAGCGGAGGGGAGAUCUCAUGAUUAGGACUGUCGCAGAGGCAUAG